AUGACAUUUCAGGGCGAAGAUGCAACCUUUAGUGUUCUCAUCCUCCAUGCACCCUUCGACUUCGACACUGAAAAUCAAUCCCGUGCGAUCGCUCAGCUUGAAGCCGCAAACAAAGGCUUCAUCCCUGGCAUCAACAUCAAGUCCGUGCACUGGCUGAUACCUGAAUGGACCGAAACAAAUCGCCAUGGAAGUUUAGUCUUGGAAUUUGCUCGACCCGAAGACGCCAACGCCGCGAUCCGCGAGCAAUUUGUAAGACAGGCAGAAGCGGACCGAAGGAGGCUUGCUAGGGCCAACUGGCCGAAAUACCAUGAUGUUGGGGCUGAAGUACCAUGUCUUGAUGAUUUGCGGAAAACAGACAUACCAAGUCGAAUGCACUAUCCAGCGUAUCGUUAUUCGAUGGACUUCUUGCGAGAGCUCGAAGCUAGAAGGGGCAGUAAGUCUCCUGCAAGGGGAAGGGGUUGUGGCAGAAGAGCAGAAGCUUUGCGCUUGUUGUUCGACGAGAAUCAGGGGCGUGUCCUAGGAAAAAGGCAUCUGCACGCGGACAACUCAUUUCAUAGUAUCUUGGAGCCAAACGCUAUAAAGCGAAGGGCUUGGAGAACCAACGAGAGGGCAGCGUUUCAGCCCGAGAGGUAUAAUAACAAGGAACAAUUUCGAUCGCGGCUUGAGGACUUGGGCAUUGAGCCAUAUUUGAUCGGUGAGAAUGGGGUUAGGGUAAUUGAGCCCUUUGAAGGUGAUGGCUCGCUGACGCCAGAGACAUCUUCGAAGCAGCGUUGGGAAUCCCCUAGGUCGAUCAAGAAAAUCAAGUCAGCGAAGAUAUUCAAGGCGUCGAGCAUCAAGAAAAAGGAGAACGACGCAAGGUCUCCUCUCAAGAAUUCGGCAGCUGUAGCCAAGAUUCUUGCGAUAGACAAAUGGCGCUGA